UGAUCCGUCUGUCCCUGCCAAGCACGUUAAAAUGGAGGGGAGGGGCGACAAAAGACAAGGCAAAAACAGGGAGUGAAAGCUCAGAGAAUCACUCUGCUAGGAAAUCGUUGCCUUGGCUCUCGCUGGGCCCUGCAGAUUAUUCCUCUCUGCCCGUUUUCGAGAGAGUCAUCCGCUCCGAUCCCCUUCGCGCCCAUGUUCCAACGUGGAAAGAAAGGACGAGGUGGCGGCGGUGUGGGGAAAUCCUCCUUCGUUUCCCCCCACUCCCGACUUUGCGGACGUUGCUGCAAAGUGUGACACAAAAGAGGCUUUAAGAACGUGAAAUCGACUCAGAUUUCCAGCCAUUUACUUGCUGAGCUCUCGGGAUAUCUUUAUCAGCCUGUCUCGGAUCGAUUGAGAGAGAGAGAGAGAGAGAGAGAGAUCUGCCUGCAGAAAAAAGACAGCGCAAAAGGGGGCUGGCGGAGGAGGAGGGAAAAGAGGGAACAGGAGGAGGAGGAGAGGAAUAUAGGCAGUCAGAGGGAGGGGGAAAGGCUACGGGGGUAGCAACAGCCCUGCUUUCCGCCUCCGACCGUAGCCAAACCUUUCAGCACCCGGCGAGCCUUACUUCGAGCACGGGGAGAUCGACUUGAAUUUUUAAUAUAUUGUAUAUAUAUAUAUAUUUCUUUUCUUCCACCACCAUCCGGCCCGAUUCCCGUUCUUCACUCUUCCGUUUGCUGCUUGGUUUCGCUUUAAGACUCAGUUCAGGAAGAGGAGAGAGGAAAGAAAAGCACUCUGGUGUAAAAGAAGCUGAACUCCUUUUGUUUGGGAAGUUUUCUUUCGCCCAGCAUUUGCUAAAGGGGGGGGGGGAGAGGCGAGAGGACUCCCGAGCCACCAUGGCGUCUGUUUUUACCAAUGGACCCUGCAUUCAAAGCGAAGCCGAAGUGGUUCACCUCUCCAGGAGCUUGGAAGUGGGCACAGUGAUGACUUUGUUUUACUCCAAAAAGUCCCAGAGGCCGGAAAGGAAAACGUUCCAGGUGAAGUUGGAAACCAGGCAGAUCAUUUGGAGCAGAGGAUCGGACAAAAUCGAAGGCGCGAUUGAUAUUCGUGAAAUCCAAGAAAUUCGUCUGGGAAGAAACUCCCGAGACUUUGACCGGUAUCAGGAGGAUCCCUCUUUCCGGCUAGAUCAGUCUCACUGUUUUGUCAUCCUUUAUGGCAUGGAAUUCAGACUGAAAACACUCAGCCUGCAAGCCACAUCCGAAGAAGAAGUCAGCAUGUGGAUCAAAGGGUUGAACUGGCUUGUGGCGGAUACCCUGAAGGCUGCUACCCCACUGCAGAUUGAAAGGUGGCUCAGAAAACAGUUCUACUUGGUUGAUCGCAACAGAGAAGACAGGAUUUCUGCAAAAGAUUUGAAAAACAUGCUGUCUCAAGUCAACUACCGUGUUCCUAACAUGAAGUUUCUGCGUGAGAGACUAACAGACAUGGAGCAGAGAAAUGGGGAUAUCACAUACGGACAGUUUGCCCUUUUAUACCAGAGCCUGAUGUACAAUGCACAAAAAGGGAUGGCUGUUCCAUUCUUAGAAAGCAAUGGAGAGAGAUCAGAGCACUGCAGAGUAUCUCUGAAAGAGUUCCAGAUGUUUUUGCUAGAAUGCCAAACGGAACUUUGGGCUACUGACCUCUUCUUUGUUCAGGACUUCAUGUUCAACUUUCUGAAGGACCCUCUGAGGGAAAUUGAAGAGCCUUAUUUUUCCCUGGAUGAAUUUCUCACCUUCCUGUUUUCCAAAGAGAACAGCAUCUGGAACUCAGAGCUUGAUGUUGUACGUCCGGAGGACAUGAACAAUCCCCUCUCCCACUACUGGAUUUCCUCCUCACAUAAUACGUACCUGACUGGAGAUCAGUUCUCAAGUGAGUCUUCAUUGGAAGCCUAUGCUCGUUGCCUGCGCAUGGGAUGCCGCUGUAUUGAGCUUGACUGCUGGGAUGGCCCUGAUGGGAUGCCAGUGAUUUAUCAUGGGCACACAUUAACUACCAAAAUCAAGUUUUCUGAUGUCCUAGCUACCAUCAAGGAGCAUGCUUUUGUAACCUCUGACUACCCUGUUAUCCUGUCCAUUGAAGAUCAUUGUAGCAUCGCUCAGCAGAGGAAUAUGGCUCAGAAUUUUAAGAAGAUCUUUGGGGACAUGCUGCUAACCAAACCAGUAGAUAUCUCUGCUGACGGACUGCCAUCUCCAAACCAGCUGAAGAGGAAGAUUCUCAUAAAGCACAAGAAACUGGCUGAGGGCAGUGCUUACGAAGAAGUGUCCUCAACUGCUGUAUAUUCAGAGAAUGAUAUUAGCAACUCGAUAAAGAAUGGAAUCCUCUAUCUCGAAGACCCCAUCAAUCAUGAUUGGAACCCUCAUUACUUUGUUCUGACCAGCAGCAAAAUCUAUUACUCUGGAGAGAGAACCAAUGAUUUGGGAAAUGAGGACGAGGAGGAGCAAAAAGAGGCAAGCAGCAGCACGGAACUCCACUCUACUGAAAAGUGGUUUCAUGGCAAGCUGGGAGCAGGGCGUGAUGGGCGCCACAUAGCAGAACGGCUGUUGAUGGAGUACUGCAUAGAGACAGGAGCCCCUGAUGGUUCUUUCUUGGUGCGAGAGAGUGAGACGUUUGUUGGCGAUUACACUCUUUCUUUCUGGCGCAACGGGAAAGUGCAACACUGCCGAAUCCAUUCCCGGCAGGAUGCUGGGAGCCCCAAAUUUUUCCUCACCGAUAACCUGGUGUUUAACAGCCUCUAUGAUCUCAUCACCCAUUACCAGCAGGUGCCGCUCAGGUGCAAUGAAUUUGAGAUGAGGCUGACUGAACCUGUGCCCCAGACUAACGCUCAUGAAAGCAAGGAAUGGUAUCAUGCAAAUCUUACCCGGCCUCUGGCUGAGCGCAUGCUGAUGAGGGUGCCACGGGAUGGGGCCUUCCUGGUACGCAAGAGGAGUGAACCAAACUCCUACGCAAUUUCUUUUCGGGCAGAAGGGAAGAUAAAGCACUGCCGAGUUCAGCAGGAUGGCCAGACAGUCAUCUUGGGGAACUCAGAAUUUGACAGUCUGGUGGAUUUAAUCAGCUACUAUGAGAAGCACCCACUGUACCGCAAGAUGAAGCUGAGGUAUCCAAUUAAUGAGGAAAUACUGGACAAGAUUGGGACAGCGGAGCCAGAUUAUGGUUCACUCUAUGAAGGACGAGAUCCAGGAUUUUAUGUGGAGGCUAACCCUAUGCCAUCCUUCAAGUGUGCUGUCAAAGCCUUGUUUGACUACAAGGCGCAGAGGGAGGAUGAGCUCACCUUCACAAAAAAUGCAGUCAUCCAGAAUGUGGACAAGCAAGAAGGAGGCUGGUGGAGAGGAGACUGUGGGGGUAAGAAGCAGUUGUGGUUUCCAGCUAACUACGUAGAAGAGAUAGUUAGCCCAACAGGUCUGGAGCCUGAGAGGGAGCAACAGAUAGAUGAAAACAGUCCUCUGGGAGACCUGCUUAGAGGGGUCCUGGAUGUACCAUCCUGUCAGAUUGCCAUCCGCCCAGAAGGGAAGAACAGCCGCAUGUUUGUCUUCUCCAUCAGCAUGGCUUCCCUCUCACGGUUGUCCCUGGAUGUGGCAGCUGAUACGCAUGAAGAUCUGUUGGACUGGGUGAAGAAAAUCCGUGAAGCAGCCCAGACUGCUGAUGCCAGGCUCUCAGAAGGCAAGAUGAUGGAGAGGAGGAAGAAGAUAGCACUGGAGCUUUCUGAGCUAGUCAUCUACUGUCGUCCCGUCCCCUUUGAUGAAGAAAAGAUUGGCACAGAUAGGGCUUGUUACCGAGACAUGUCCUCCUUUCCUGAAACCAAGGCAGAGAAGUAUGUCAACAAGAUCAAAGGCAAGAAGUUUCUGCAGUACAACCGGCUACAGCUUUCCCGCAUCUAUCCAAAAGGACAGCGUCUUGACUCCUCCAACUAUGACCCCCUGCCUAUGUGGAUCUGUGGCAGCCAAUUGGUGGCACUGAACUUCCAGACACCAGAUAAGCCAAUGCAGAUGAAUCAGGCUCUGUUCGUGGCUGGUGGCCGAAGUGGCUUCAUGUUGCAACCAACCAACAUGCGGGAUGACCUCUUUGAUCCCUUUGACAAGAGCACUCUGCGUGGGGUUGAGCUGUUUUCUAUCUCCAUAGAGGUCCUUGGGGCACGGCAUCUUCCUAAAAAUGGAAGGGGAAUUGUUUGCCCAUUUGUAGAGGUUGAGGUAUCUGGAGCUGAAUAUGAUAGUGCAAAGCAGAAGACCGAGAUGGUGGUGGACAAUGGCCUGAAUCCUGCCUGGCCCCAGAAGUCGUUUCACUUCCAUAUCAGUAACCCUGAAUUUGCCUUCUUACGCUUUGUGGUGUAUGAAGAGGAUAUGUUCAGCGACCAGAACUUCUUAGCUCAAGCUACAUUCCUGGUUAAAGGCCUGAAGACAGGAUACCGAGCUGUGCCUUUGAAGAACAACUACAGUGAGGACCUGGAAUUGGCUGCCUUGCUGGUGAAGAUAGAUAUCAUCCCUGGUAAACAGGAGAACGGUGAAAUUAGCCCCUUUGGGGCUUCAGCUUUCCGAGAGAGGUCAUCAGAUUCUCCAGGUCAGCUGACAGGAAGCCGAGCCAGAGAAGGCUCCCUUGAAGCCCGAUAUCAGCAACCAUUUGAAGACUUCCGGAUGUCACAGGAGCAGUUAGCAGACCACUUCGACAAUCGAGACAGAAGGGUACUGCGAAAGACACGGGUGAAUGGGGAUAACCGCCUGUAGCCCAACAUUGCCUGCUGUUAAAGCACCCUCCAGUGCUUGUGAUUCUCACGGAUUGCUGUGAACUGGUUUCUAUGGAAACGUCACUGCUUUGGCCUACUUUCAGGCAGCUUUUUCCAGUUUCUUUUCUGAAGGGUGUUCAAGUGGAGAAAUUUUUAAAGAAUCAAACUAUGAAUCAAUGGUUUAAUUGUUGUGACCAUGACCUGUAAACAAACUCAGCAACAACAAAAAGACCCUCUGCACCAAACCAGAAACUUAAGUGUACUGAACGUGUAUGUUUUGUUAGUACCAGAGGAUGAAUGCAACUAUCAACACCCUUCUUCCCCAUGACUGUACUUUAUAGAGAGGAUAAUAGCCUCAGAGCUGCCCAGCAGAACCAAGAGGAACUGAACCUUUCUUAUUGUUAUUAUUAAACUCCUUAAUCACAGUG